AGCUUAUGCUUGCAACGAACCGAUUCCCCAUGAAGAACCAUGGUAGGAUUAAAAAUGCCCUUCCGAAUAUCCAAUUCCACGACCCGAAUAGGCGCUACCCGACCCGAAAAGCCGCCCCAUCGGGCGCCGACCCGGCGCGGGAACCCACUCACCACCCGAAUGACGAAAUCAACAGUCAGCCCGGAGAACAAGCUUUUUGUCCGUCUUAUCAAGCAGGAAUAUAUAAAUACAGUAGAGAAUCCCAGCCAUAUGCAGCAUGUAAAAUCACAUCCAGCCUCUACAGCAUCCACCCGCCACUAUGAUGAAAGCCGUUGAAGUUCGAGGCACUCAGGCCAACCCUGAAGUCACCCUCAAUCCGGCCGUUCCAAGGCCAUCUCCGAAAAAGGCUGAGAUUCUCGUCAAAGUCCACGCUGCGGCCGUCACGAGAGAUGAGCUCACCUGGGAGGAGUUGUGGCGUCGUCCCCUCCGCAUUCCGGGCCACGAUAUCUCUGGGGAAAUCGCCGCCUUGGGGCCGGACUACCAGGGAGAUUUGAGAGUCGGAGACGAAGUCUAUUCCAUGAUUCAUGCAUUUCGGGGUCUAGGACAGGCGGAAUAUGUCAUUGUUGAGAGCUCAGAGGUGGCCAGGAAGCCACGGCUGCUGAAUCAUGCUCAGGCCUCUGCGAUGCCGAUUCCGCUGCUGACUGCUUGGGAGGCCAUUUUCGAGCGCGCGCAGGUGCAGAAGGGAUGGAAGGUGCUUGUCACUGGCGCCAACGGUGCAGUUGGGGUUAUCCUGGUGCAGAUGGCUUCUCGCUUGGCUGGUGCCGAGGUCGUCGCUGUCUCAAGUCCACAGCAUCAUGAGACGUUGAAGCAACUUGGUGCUAGUCAAGUCGUUGACUAUAACACGCCGAACUGGGAGGAUACGAUCAAGGACGUUGAUGUCGUUAUCGACACGGUAGGGGAUCCUAUCCUGACUAAAACAUGGAAGACAGUCAAGAGCCAUGGUCACAUCAUUACCGUGGGGCCACCGCCGGCGGCAUGGGAAUACGGAAAAGGCCGGCCGGAUGAGUUGGACGAGUUUCCCAACGUGAAGUGGCUCUUCUUCAUUGUCGUUCCAAAGAGAGAAACACUGGAGAAGGCGGCGCAGUUGAUUGAUAAUGGAACAAUCAAGCCUAUAGCCAUCGAAUUGUUUUCUCCUGAUAAGGCAUCUCAGGCUCAUAAGAGUGCUUCAAUACGGAAUAGGAAGGGCAAGGUUGUCAUUGAGUUUGUGCCAGAAAAGAACUGAACUGGGUUAAGGCCAAUGGCCGUGGCAGUUUUCGAAGUUUUCUCUUUUUCUUGGUUAAUAUAUCCAUUUAGACUUUUAUAAAUGACAAAACCUAUAUUCAAG